UCAGGCGCACGUGCAGCGGUCGACCAACGUGCGUCUCGCCAAGGACCGCCGCUACAUGCGGCUCAAGUUCGAAGAACGCAUGAGUGAGCUGCGACAGAACGUUUUGGCCGAGGCUACUGCGGCUACUGCCGUCUCGCCCGAGGCUAACGGCUUGCCUCUGAACGGCCAAGUUGGGACAGCAGGUGGCGUGGCUGUGACUGCGCCGGCCCCGGCCUGACCUGCCCGUGCUUCUGAUCAAGCCAAUGCCAAAGCGCAAGGCUAAGCCGAAGAGCCACGAGCAGAAGAUGCGAGACGCUGUUGCAGCAGCCCGUCCUGUCGUUGCAGCGCAGGUGUCGCCCCCCAUCAUGUCCUGGGAGGAGCACCCCCGAAAUCUGAUCCCUGAGCUGUGCCGCCAGUUCUACGAUCUGGGAUGGGUCACCGGCACUGGCGGUGGCAUCAGCAUCCGGCAUGGGCACGAGAUCUACAUCGCGCCGUCAGGGGUUCAGAAGGAGCGGAUAGCUGCGGAGGACCUCUUUGUGCAAGACAUGGAGGAGCGCUUCCUGUCGGGGCCUCCGCCGCACAAGAAGCUGCGCAAGAGCGAAUGCACGCCCCUCUUCAUGAACGCCUUCACACUGCGUGGUGCGGGGGCAGUGAUUCACACUCACUCCAAAGCAGCUGUGCUGGCAACCCUCCUUUACCCGGGCACCGAGUUUCGGAUCACCCAUCAGGAAAUGAUCAAGGGCAUCAAGAAAGGUCAGUCUGGCAUCAGCUACCGCUACGACGAAGAACUGGUGGUUCCCAUCAUCGAGAACACACCUUUUGAGCGGGACCUCAAGGAGAGCAUGCGAGAAGCGAUGGAGCGAUACCCGGACACUUGCGCAGUGCUGGUGCGGAGGCACGGUGUCUACGUCUGGGGUGACUCCUGGCAGCGAGCCAAGACCAUGUGCGAGUGCUACGACUACCUCUUUGACAUCGCCGUGCAGAUGAAGCGUCUGGGCAUAGAUCCAAUGCUUCCUCCAGAGCCGCAGCAGAAUGCCGCAGCCGCGACAACGCUUGCCGAAGCAGUCCAGGUUGCGACGACAGGUGAAACGGAAGCAGUGUCCGUGGACCCACCCAGCACCCUCACCACAGCUGUCUGGCGAGUUGGCCGAUGCUCCGGGAUUCAUGCUCAACCUGAACGGUCCGGUCUCGACCGAGGGCCAAACCACCUACGUCGUCUACACGUGAGACCCGGAUUGCACCAAGUGCCUUUAGGAACUUGCCGUCUAGCUGCAAGGACAGCAGUGCAACCCAUGUGACGACACGCUUCACUUGAUUCGGGGCCGAGACGAAAGCUAGCUAGGAUUCCUCAUAAAUGCAGUGUUAUGGAUGUUAGUUCAUGCUAUUACCCCUGCGACCACUUGAAGCACAGGAAAUGAGAAUUGUGGUGGUAGUACUGAUUAGAGAAUGCGAUACGCAUUUGCUCAGACAGAUAGCAUUGUAUGUAAUAAGAUAGAUUUGGCAAUCUUUCCAGUGUUACAUUUAUUAGGAAAAAAGAUUUUGUACCCAUGAGAUACUGUGUUAAUACAAAACUGGAUUCACAUUGCCUCAUGCAAGAGCUCUAUGGCUUGUACAUAUUUUGCAGUUACGAACUGAUAGCUCAAACUUAAUGAGGACUGCCAGAGUUCUUGUGAUUGGAAUUUCGUGUCUUUUCAGUUUGCGAAUAAGUUACUUCAUUUCAAAAGUGGUCGAGAACGCUUUUCGGUGCUUUGUUGUGCAACACUGCUGAUUUUGACUGUUGUCAUUAUUUUGCUACAAGCCUAAGAAAGUCGAGUUAAUGUAUCUGCCAAAGCUCUACCUUCUGGCAACAUCAGCAGAUGUUGGCUGCCUUCUACUCUAUGAAUGUUGGUGCAUUUGUUCGAACAGUUGUUAAGUGACCAAUGAAGGGGUUCCAGCUACCAUUUUUUUU